UCAUCUUCAGGUGACCGAUCUCCAGCGGACAAACUUCAACAUGUCUUUCUCCUCACACAGCCUACUGUCGUCCAGCGGCUCCAUGACUCGAAAAUCUUCCUCGAGGUCGUAUAGUGAGCGCUCGAUAGUGAGCUCUCGUCGUGCCAUGAGCGUCUACGGAGGAGCAGGUAGCUCCGGGGUUCGCAUCUCCACUGCAUCCUCCGGCUUCUCACACGCUGGUUAUGGAGGCGCUGGCUCGGCUGAGUCAGCAAUCUUUGGUAAUGAGAAGAUGACCAUGCAGAAUCUGAACGACCGUCUUGCUGCCUACCUGCAAAAGGUGCACUCGCUGGAGAAGGCCAACGCUGAGCUGGAGCUGAAAAUCCGCCAGUUCUUUGACAGCAGGUCCUCAUUCAAGUCCCAAGAUUAUUCGCGCCACUACGCCACCAUCAGUGACCUGCAGAACAAGAUCCUGGUCGCGAUCCAGCAGAAGAGAGGAGUUCAACUAAGCAUCGAGAACACUCACCUGGCCAUGGAGGACUUCAGAGCCAAGUACGAGAGCGAGCUGUACAUGCGUCAGUCUGUGGAGUCCGACAUUGGCGGGUUGAGGAGGAUUCUGGAUGAGCUGCGCAUUACCAAGCAAGACCUGGAGAUGCAGCUGGAGGGUCUGAUGGAAGAACUGGCCUUCCUGAAGAAGAACCAUGAGGAGGAGAUGCUGAUGGCACGGCAGCAGAUGGGCGGGCAGGUAAACGUGGAGGUUGAUGCCCCACCACAGGAAGAUCUCAAUCAAACUCUGGCUCAGAUGCGUGAACAUUACGAAUAUCUUGUCACUAAAUACAGCAAAGAAUGGGAGAGCUGGUUCACUUCCAAGUCAGAGGCUCUGAAACACGAGGUUUUGACGCAGACUGAAACUUUGGGAACGUCCAAAACAGAAAUCAAAUCCGUCAAAUCAAAUCUUCAGGCUCUGGAGAUCGAACUGCAGUCACAGCUCUCACUGAAAGCAUCGUUGGAAGCCUCGGUAGAGGAGAUUCAGACUCGUUACUCCACCCGGCUCUCCAGUUACCAGAUGCGGGUGGUGAGUUUGGAGGAACAUCUUAUCCAGCUCCUAGCUGAUCUCACUCGCCAGUCUCAGGAGUAUCAGAUGCUUCUGGACAUCAAGACCAGGCUGGAGAUGGAGAUCGCCGAGUACAGGAGGCUGCUGGACGGAGAGGCCUCAUCAACACAGACGACGACAAGCAGUAAGAAGGCCAAGGUGAUCACGGUGGUGGAGGAGGUGGUGGAUGGAAAAAUGACCUCCUUCGCCUCCUCCUCCUCCUCCUUCGCCUCCUCCUCCCUAGCAUAUAGAAUGUAACCAGCACUGAAUCCACACCUGCUUCACAGCGCCACCGUGUGGACAAACACACAAACACCACACAGUUUUACAAACACUAAGAAAUAAAUACUGUGUAGCAUC